CCCGGCCCUCCAGAGCGCGAGCCGCCAGGAGCCGGCGGCGAGCGGGCGUCCCUGCAGCCAGCGAGCAGGAGGAGGAGCCGCCGCCGCGCCAGGGGCAGCCGGGGGAGCCGAGGAGGGCGCCCCAGGUGGUUGCCCCCUCCCUCUCCUGAGAUGUCAGGAAGGAGGGGGCCACCUCUGUCCCCCACAGGGGCCCCCCGGAGUCUGGGGGCCCCCAGCCCGGGAGCUCGCAGGUGGAGGAGGUGCUGACAGGUGCUCAGAGAGAUGCUCCCCCACCCCUCAUGCUCCCUCCCCAUCCUCUUACUUUUCCUCCUCCCCAGCGUCCCAGUGGAGCCCCAUCCCCCGCCCUUGCCACUGCCCCCAUUUCCAGCCCCUGAGUGGGACCUCCUGUCCCCGCGAGUAGCCCUGUCCAGGGGCGCCCCCGCGGGCCCCCCUCUGCUCUUCCUGCUGGAGGCCGGGGCCUUCGGGGAGCCAGCAGGCAGCCCGGCCAACCGCAGUCGGCGGGGUGUGAGUGAGACAGCCCCAGCGAGUCGCCGGGGAGAGCUGGCCGUGUGCGAUGCGGUCAGCGGCUGGGUGACAGACCGCCGGACGGCCGUGGACCUGCGUGGGCGCGAGGUGGAGGUGCUGGGCGAGGUGCCCGCGGCUGGUGGCAGUCCCCUUCGCCAGUACUUCUUCGAGACCCGCUGCAAGGCUGACAGCGCCGGGGAAGGCAGCCCCGGUGGGGGUGCAGGGGGCUGCCGGGGUGUGGACCGGAGGCACUGGGUGUCCGAGUGUAAGGCCAAGCAGUCCUAUGUGCGGGCAUUGACCACUGAUGCCCAGGGCCGUGUGGGCUGGCGAUGGAUUCGAAUUGACACUGCCUGUGUCUGCACGCUCCUCAGCCGGACUGGCCGAGCCUAGGCCCAUGCCCGGGAACUGGGCAGGCAGAGGAAGAAAACUGGAUGCUGAGGGACCUCAGGGGGGCACCUGUCUGCUCUGGGCCUCCAUUUGGGAACUUAUCAAAUGGUCACAGAAUCACAGCUCUCUGAUUUUGAGAGCUCAAUCUGGGCAAGACAGGUGGUGAAACCAAAUGGGGUUUUGAAGGAUGAAUAGGAGUUCUCUUGGAUGAACUUGAGGGUAAUGAUGAUGAUAAUAAUAGCCAAUAUUUUCUGAGUGCCUACUGUUUAUCAGCUUUAAUACACAACUCGUCAGAUCAA